AUGGACUUCGAGGCCGACGGCCGCUUCGGCAACAAGCGCGUGCACAACCGCCUCGGACCGGCGCCCGGCGCCGCCUCUUCGUCUUCCUCUACCAAGGUCUGCAUCCAUUGGCGCGCUGGGCGAUGCAAUCGCUUCCCCUGCCCCUUCCUCCACAGCGAGCUCCCUGAGGCGGCCACCACCAAGCGCCCGAACCAAAGGGAUGGCCCUGGUGGGCACGUCUGGCGCAACCCCAACUCAGGAGGAGGGGGCCGCGGUGGCGGCGGCGGCUUCAACAAAUGGGGGAGGGGCCCCGGAGGUGCAGACGGUGGCGUGAGGCACAAGGUGCCCGACCGGCCCUGCAAGUUCUUCCUCGCCGGAGACUGCACCUACGGCGAGAAGUGCCGCUACCCGCACACAUAUUGCAUGAGCAAUAGCAUCACGCUGCUCACCCCUCUCCAGGGCCACGAGAAGGUUGUGACAGGGAUCGCACUGCCUACUGGGUCAGACAAGCUGUAUUCUGGUAGUAAGGAUGGAACAGUGCGCCUUUGGGAUUGUCAAACUGGACAGUGUGCUGGUGUCCUCCCCGUGGGGGGUGAGGUUGGGUGCAUGAUCAGCGAGGGGCCAUGGUUGUUUGUUGGAAUACCUGAUGCUGUCAAGGUUUGGAAUAUGCAAACUCAAGCAGAAAUGAACCUUACCGGGCCGACUGGACAAGUCUAUGCACUAGCAAUUGGCAAUGAGCUACUCUUUGCUGCAACACAGGAUGGAAGGAUUUUGGCAUGGAGAUUUAGCGCCGUGACAAAUUGUUUUGAGCCAGCUGCUUCUCUUACUGGGCAUCAGCUUGCUGUUGUUUCGUUAAUAGUAGGAGGCAUGAGAGUUUACUCUGGCUCAAUGGAUAAAACCAUUAGAGUAUGGGAUCUGGCAACGUUGCAGUGCAUACAGACUCUUUCUGAUCAUACGAAUGUAGUUAUGUCUCUACUAUGCUGGGAUCAGUUUCUGUUAUCUUGUUCUUUGGAUCAAACAAUAAAAGUCUGGGCGGCUACAGAAAGUGGAAACUUGGAAGUAACAUAUACACACAAAGAGGAGAACGGUGCACUUGCUCUUACUGGCAUGCCUGAUGCACAAUCAAAACCUGUGCUAGUAUGUUCAUUAAAUGACAACACUGUCCGCCUCUAUGACCUGCCAUCGUUCAGUGAUAGGGGCAGAAUAUUCUCCAAGCAGGAAAUUAGGGCAAUACAAACUGGACCUGGUGGUUUAUUUUUCACUGGGGAUGGAACCGGUGAGCUGAAGGUUUGGCAAUGGAUUAUUGAUGCCUCCCAAACCUGA